AUGAAUCGUAGUUGGAUGAGAGCCAAUCGACUAAGUGUCGAGUACGAACAUGGAGUGAUGGAAUUUCUAGAGAUUGCUGAAAGUAAUGCUAAAAAAAAUCUUGCUCCUCCUAAGAGUGAUGCUGAAAAAAGUCUUCAUCUGGUUUUUCUCUGUCCAUGUGUUCGUUGUGCAAAUCACGAACCAAAACUCAAUAAGAAAGAAAUCAUGGAUCAUCUAAUUUUUCAUGGGAUUUGUCAAAGUUAUACACAAUGGAUAUGGCACGGUGAGGUAGUAGCAAAGUCAAGUGUGUCCCAAAGAGAUAAUGUUAGUGCAGAAAUGGAUGAUCGUCUGGAAGACAUGAUGCGUGAUACUGGACAAGAUUCGUUUAAGAAGGCGCAUGCGUAUGAUACUUUAUGCAGUGACAAGGAUAAACCUUUGUACCCAGGAUGCACAAAUUUUACAUGUUUGUCAGCCGUGUUAAAAUUGGUUAAUUUGAAGGCAAAUAAUGGGUGGGCUGACAAAAGUCUUACCGAAUUGCUUGAAUUGUUGAAAUAG